GGCUACUUCGAUGAAAGCAUCUCAGUGAUUGACACACCUCCCUCUUACGACAACAUUGCAUUUCUUCAUUUCGAUCACCGACAGGUUCUGUCCCAAUGCAUUAUCAGACACCCGUCACGAUCUGUAUCUUCCUUUCUACGAGACGAGCAGAAAAGGCUAUCCGCGCUGUCUCGCAUCCGUGAUAUUGUCUCAGCUCCCGAUUACGCCCCUUCCUCCGUCGCAUCAAUAGUCUAUACAUGUGCUGUUACUUUCCCGGCUGCAGAGUUCUCCCAUCUCCUAAUACUGAGGGUCACACGGUGAUGUAAGUAGUCGCCGAAUCGCCAAAGACGCAUCAUUGUAUUUCUGCUGGUCCGCAGCCAGCCCUCUUUGGGUCAUUGUUAAGAUGCUAGCGCCGGUCAUUCUUUUUUCUCUGAUAACUGAUCAUUAUGGCCAACUUUGUACCUUAUAUUCACACUUGUCCUUGUUUUACAUCUCACUGGGUGUUUGUGGAGGCGCUCAGUUUGUAUAUUGCGGCGAUAAUCGGUUCCGGUUAUCAUCCAUAGUCAAUUGCAUACUACCAUGUCUUCAUCAGAGGUGCGGAUCCAGUUCAUGGGAACAUCAUAGAGAGAUCCCGAACUCGACGUCGGUUGUAAGGGAAGCUGCACGGGCUCUAUCUGAUUGUCAAGCUUAGUCGGAGAAGUUCUCCGCUCAGUUGCCGUGAGCACUGAAUGCGAGUGGAACCCGAAAUAGAAGUAACCGGGAAUUGUCGG